UUCCGCUAUUUUGCUGAGAACUUCCUUUAGCAAAAGUGAUGGCAGCUCUACCUUCACAUAUGUUAAUUUGAAAACAGCUGUCAAAUAAACAUUGUUUACAUUUUAUUUCUCGUUGUGUACAUUAUUUGGUUUCUAUAAUUAUGGAUAGUUCUGAGGAAAAGUUCUCGUGGACACAACAAUUGACAAUGAAACUCAUACAGGAAGUCGAACGUCGUCCAUGCAUUUGGAGCCGUGUAGAUGGUGAUUAUUCAAAUAAAACAAUGAAAGCAAUAGCAUUUGAUGAAAUCGGCGAAAUACUAAAUGUGCCUAGCGCCAACGUACGUGAAAAAUUCCGAAAUCUACGCAUAAAUUUCAUGCAAGUGCAUAAAAAGAAAUUAUCUGCCGGUAGCAGAGCAAACUAUGUACCAAAGUGGGAGUUUUACAAUGCAUUACUCUAUAUGGCGGAUACGUGUGGAGCUUCUUCGAUAUCUUCUGCCUCGUCAACAACAUCAAAACCAGCAAAACGACGAAAAUUGCGCGAUUACAAAACAGAUACACAAGAUAUGAUUACAGAUCCACUGUCUGACGAUGGCAAUAGUUCACAGACACAAUUUAGCAACGACAAAGAGCCGCGUUCAAAGUUUGUCGAAUAUGUAACGCCCUUCAAGAGAACAACGGAAAAUUUAAGUGAAUCAGAAAUGCCUGCUAAAAGAACCGCAGAAAAAUUUGGCGAAUGUAUAGAAACGACAAGAUCAUCGCAUGCAAAAUUCGGCGAAUACAUAGCAUUUAGUCUUGAGAAUCUCGAUGACACGCAAUUAGUUAAGAAAACAAAAGCGAAAAUACAGCUCAUCAUAUCCGAGGCGAUAAGAGAACGUGCCAUGGCCGAAUUGGCGCAGUGCGAAUCAAGUGCGGAAUUUUGAAACUUUUUUCUUUGACAUAUUUCCACUCGCCACUUUAAAAUUCGAGUUGAUUAGGUUAGGUUAUGGACAUACAUACAUAUGUCGUGACAGACAUCUGGUGUAACCUAAUUUGAUUGAAAUUCUUACAAAAUUUCAUUCGGAAUGACGGUUCAUUACUAUAAGAAGUACAUCAAUUUAAAAAAGACGAUAAAAUUACAAAUUUUUAUUGUUAAAAUAACAGUACUUGAAUUUAAGCUAUUAUAUUAUUUUAAGGUUCUUUAAGAUCUAUAACUAAGUAUUUUAUAAAAAGAAAUUAAUAUUAUGUAAGUACAUCUGUUAUUGCUAUCACAAAUUAAAUAUACAUACAUAUUUAAAACACUUUGCA